GACUUAUUAGCUGCAGCGCCACUAACUCAUCCUUUCUCUCAUCGUCUUCUCAACACGACAAACAUCAUGCCUCCGAAACCCUCCAAGCAGUCCAGGUCGUCGACGUCUACCAACGGGGUUGCCCCCAAGGCGGCAACAGUGGCACGGUGGAAGAACGUGCGCGGUCGACGGGGCGGUCUCAAAGACAUGCUCAAUAUGCCCAUGGACAUCAUUCGAGAGAUUUGUCUCCGCCUUCAUCCUCGCGACCUCCUGAGUCUCUCUCGGACGUCGAAGUCCUUCAAUUCGUUCCUCAUGCGGAGAAGCUCCGCAUACCUGUGGAGGGGCUCGCUAAGGAACGUCGAAGGCCUUCCUCCGUGCCCCAGUGGCUUGAUUGAGCCAUCAUGGGUGUCGCUCGUCUUCUCUCCGUAUUGCACGGGAUGCAUGGUGCGAACAGCACCGACAAUAUACUGGGAGUUCCGCGUGAGGUCCUGCGCAACUUGUCGAAGCGAUAUGUUCAUUUCCCAAGACCGAGUGACUGAGUCUCUGAACGGCAAACAGUUUGGAUACUACAGUCGGUUGCCCCAAAACAUAUAUUUGAAAGAGGAGGUCGCCGGGUUCAAGAAACCCUGUUACUUGAAGUCUCAAAUAUUCGAAAUUCUCGACCGUUGUCGCGUGCUCUCUGAAUCUGGAAAGUGGGAGGAAGACCGGGCAGCGCUCGUUGAGACGUAUGUUGCAGAGGCAGAGGCAGCGAGCGAGCAUGCAGCCUUGUGUCAAACGUGGGCACAUAACGAGGAGUGCGCGCGGAGGCAGGAGGCUAACACCCUCAUGCGUCAGCGCCUAGAGGACAUCAUCCCAAGAAUACGUGCCCUUGGCUGGGGCCCCGAACUUGACUUCAUACAAGCUCGGGACUACGCACCGCUCUCGCAACACAAGCUGGUAAAGAGCACCAAGAAACUCACUGACCGAGCAUGGCAAAAGAUUCAAGGGGAGCUGAUGUUGUGCAUGGACGGGAUCCGCGAAGAUCGCCUCGCAAACGAGAUCCAAAAUACGUUGACGGAGCGCUGGACCGUCUUGAACAGAUACGGAGCAGCACUUCUAGAGCGAUACUUCCGCAAACAUCCGGAGCUGCAACAGUACGGGUUGAACGUCGCGGACCUUGCGCUCUGCAAAGAGUUUCGGGACGUCAUGACGGCACCUGCAGACGUGGUCAUCGAUGAAACGAACGUCCUGGCGUUGGAAGGACAGAUCGGCGCGAUCGUGGAUAGAUGGCAGGAAGGCGUUCGUGAACAACUGAGCGAAGUACUCGCCAAGCACAAGUUCGAGCGUAAUGGAGGCACGGACCCGCUCGAUCUUGCCACAACAAUUUUCCAUGUCGGGGAAUAUCCCAGAUACGCAUGGUUCCCAACGAUCGUCGCAGACCGAGGUCUGCGCAACCCUACACCGGAGGCCGGGAGAGAUUGGUACGAGAAGUUCGUAUACGGCCAAAAAGUCGCACGCUGUUUUGUCGGCUGCGACAUGCUUUGCCUGGUCCAACCUACGGAUCGCAUGCGGGAGAUUAUCCAGGUCUGCGGCAAGGACCCAAGCGCUGCGACCGCGGAGGACAUAGACGCGCUCAACGUCCAGUUGGUCAGUGACACUUCGCCGGAGCCCACCACAUGGCGUGACGCGAUGUUGGAUGCGGCCAAGGAUGGUUCCCAGAGGUGGUGGUUAGAGUCCCGCGGGGCCGAAUCGCAAUUUGUUUUUCCGACGCUGAAAGCAGAAGAUCCUUGGUUGUGCGACACCUGGUCUGACACGAAUGUCCGAGGUUCAGAUACACUGUUACAGCAACUGCUCUCCCAGGAACGAUGACGGACAUCACACCGAAGCGGACUGGAUGGGUCCGAGUCCGGCGUCGUUGGGUGCACCCAUAUGGCGUCCCAUCCACCCCAACAGUAUAGCCCGACGGUGACACCUCUGGAUAUACCCGCGAACUCCUCAUACAGCUCGGAUGCUCUAGCAUCGACGCUUGGUGGACACUGUCAUCAACUGGGGCCGUUCCGUCAUACCACUACUAUACCGAGGAACCGGAUGUACGAAGAAGUUGUGCGCAUUGCGAUCGUUGCGGUGAAGUCCUGGUCAGGACUGCAG